CUUCACUUCCUGGUCUCGCGGUGACGCCCACGCCACAUGUCAUAUGGGACAGGCAGUGAUGCAACUUUACUCUGGUCCCACAACAUUACGCUUUCAUAGUAUCUUCCUUGAGCUGCAAUGUCUACUAAACUACUAUCUGUGAGCAACCACCUUUUCAAAUGUUCGAAAACUCUCCAAGACUGUUCAGCACGAGGGUUUAGCAUUGGAGCUGCUUCCGUUGGUUCGGUGAAUUUAAAGGGCCGCAGCUGUCUCACUCUGAAAGACUUUAGCUCAGAUGAAAUCAAGAGGCUGUUGUGGGUGUCGGGGGAUCUAAAACAUCGGAUCAAGCAUGACAAACAGUAUCUUCCUCUUCUGCAAGGAAAGUCCAUUGCUAUGAUAUUUGAGAAGAGGAGCACCAGAACAAGAAUGUCCACAGAAACUGGUUUUGCUUUGCUGGGUGGGCACCCCUGUUUCCUCACCUCUCAGGACAUCCACCUGGGAGUGAAUGAGAGUGGCACAGACACAGCUAGGGUUCUCUCAGGACUCUGCGAUAUUGUCUUGGCACGAGUGUACAGCCACUCUACACUGGAGGAGCUGCAUAAGGAGGCCUCCAUCCCCAUCAUUAACGGCCUGUCUGACCUCUACCACCCAAUCCAGAUUCUGGCUGACUUCCUCACCUUACAGGAGCAUUAUGGGUCCCUUAGUGGACUGACCGUGAGCUGGAUUGGAGAUGGGAACAAUGUGCUCCACUCCUUCAUGAUGACUGCAGCUAAAUUGGGAGUUCAUCUUAAGAUUGCAACACCAAAGGGGUAUGAGCCAGAGAGGAGUGUUAUUCAAGAGGCACAAAGACUCUCCAAAGAGCAUGGGACCCAGCUGGUUCUGACCUCUGACCCGAUGGAGGCCGCCCACGGCAGCAAUGUUUUGAUCACCGACACCUGGGUCAGCAUGGGACAGGAGGAGGAGAAGAAAAAGAGGCUCAAAGACUUUAAGGGUUACCAGAUUACAAUGCAGACGGGAAGUGUGGCCAAACCAGACUGGACCUUCCUGCAUUGCCUCCCCCGGAAAAUGGAGGAGGUGGAUGACGAAGUAUUCUACUCAUCCCGCUCCCUCGUCUUCCCCGAGGCGGAGAAUAGAAAGUGGACAAUCAUGGGGCUGAUGGUUUCUCUUUUGACUGACUACACGCCACAGAUACCCAUGCAAAAGUUUUAACGUCUGACUCAUGACGUAUGACAGUUUCAUUAAUACAAUCAAUACAUAGUUCAAUGUCAGAUUUCAUCCAUUGAUGGCACCAUUACAACACUAGAUUUACAUUGUUUAACUCACUUUUAGAUGAUGAUUUAGAGCAUGUAUCGCAUUGUGUGACUUGUCUCACUGUCAAUUAUAGGCCAAAGUUAUCUGUUUACAUUCUACAUUUAUUGUGAUGGAUAGUGGAAAUGUCUUUGAUUGACAUGUGUUACUGAAAAGUAAAAGAUCUCUGAGCCUUUCUUCAA